AUGUAUGGUACACAGAUAUCCCAUAGCUGCCCGAUAAAGUACGUGCUGACCGAAGAAGGAUGGCUGAACGUGACCCACGGCGACGGAGAAGAGUUCUGUAAAGCAGGAUGCGCAGAUCACACCAGGACAGUGCUUACUUGCAUUCAUCUUGUGAAACGUGACUACUGGUUUGCUAACAAAGCCACUGUUAAGGAGCUCUAUGAGACAAUCAACAGAGGAUGCAACACAUCUAUAGCUCAUCGCCCUACGCUCUGGGUUUUCGAGCUGUUCAAGGGUCACCAUAUGACGGGUUGGGGCUGGCCAUGGCCUGAUCAACCACGAGCCAAAUGGCGAGGCAUGCGGGUUCAAUGGAGUAAGUUUAUACCAUACCAGUGGGUACCAGAAGAGAUCGGCCUCCAUUAUAUCAGCAAUGUCGGCCUUGGCUUUCGUAGCUCUCUUAUACAUGUGAUUCUCUUCUUCACUUCCCACCAAAUAAAGUACAGAAAGUGGGACAAGAAAAUGGGUCCUUCCUUCCUACAUAUGCUAUUAGUAUUCCCCAAAACUGGUGUAAUAAGAGGAUGUAUGAGUGAGCUCAAUUUACGUUAUGAUUCCGAAUCCAAAGGACGUUAUGAUUACAAAUCCAAAGGACAUGAUUGA